AAAGAGGUGUGUUAGGCAACUUAAGUCAUCAGUUCAGUUUGGAUCUUCAGCACAGGAGCACUUGUGCCAAAGUUAAGAAUGGCAUUCCAAUUUGUUAGCUUUUUCGCUAUUCUGGCAGUAGCGGCCGCCGGAGUCAUUCCGAUCGAGCAAUCGUAUCAGCCGGCAGCUUAUGCUACCCACCUGUCCCAACCAACGCUUAUCAAGACCGUGGCUCAACCAGCUACCAUCGUGAAAACCGUAGCUCAGCCGACUUAUGUCAAAGCCCUUGCGCAGCCAACGAUUGUCAAGCAUAUCGAUGAAGAUCAUGAUGCCCAGUACGACUUCUCCUACGGAGUACAUGAUGAUCACACCGGAGAUAUUAAGCAGCAACACGAGACGCGCCAUGGUGAUCAGGUGCAUGGUCAGUACAGCUUGAUCGACUCGGAUGGACACAAGCGCACCGUCGAGUAUACCGCCGAUGAUCACAAUGGUUUCAACGCCGUUGUUCACCGUGAGCCGACCGACAUCAAGAUUCCCCAGCCAGCAGUACACAAGAUCAUUGCGCAGCCUGCAAUCACCAAAGUAAUUGCUCAGCCAACCAAAAUUGUUGCCGCACAGCCAGCAUACAUUGCUAACUACCAUCAACCAGCUCCUGCUGUGAUCAAAACAGUUGGUCUAUCGCAUUACUGAAAUGGAACGAUCACACAUCAACGCUGAAUAAGACUUCCAUCGAUUGAGUGCACUUUCUCAUUUCCCAUUCUAUUUUCCACACUCUGUCGCAUUCUUUUUUAA